AUGGACACCCUCUGGGGCCCCCGCGCCGGCCCAGAGCCUGAGCGGUGGCUUGCGAUGCGAACCGGCUGCGCAGCUUCCUCGGCGAUGGGUGCUGCGAGCGUCGAGCGAGUCGCCGGACUACCCAGCGUUCUGCUGCCCGUGGGCGGAAUGUACUGUUGCGAGGCGCCGCUGGUCGGCGGCGCGCGCCUUCUCGCUGUGUCGGCGCGCCGGGCUGCGCUUUGUGGCGAGCGGCGCCAAGCGCACCAGUCACGUGCGUCACCGACAGCGCCACACCACUGCAUCACGUGCCGCGAGGAAAGCUGCGUCGCGUGA